AUGAGUGCUUUGCUGCAGCAGUGCACUCCUGCAUGCGCUUGCUUCUACAGCAGCAGCAGCAGCAACAGCAGCAGCAGCACUUGCGGACGGCUGUGCGCUGCUGACAGCUGGACGCUGGGGCAGCAGCAGCAGCAGCAAGCCGGCAAGGAGGGGGGACUCUUCCUGCAGCAGCCGGAGCAGCAGCAGCAGGGGCCCGGGGGAGCAGCAGCAGUUGCUGCUGCUGCUGCUUCGUGCCGCAGCAAGGCGGGUAGCCGUGCUGCUGCUGCUGCCGAGUCCCCUGCUGCAGCGGCAAGCAGCGGCAUGUCCAUGCUGCUGCUGCACCGCAGCAUUUCAGACGUUUCUGCUGCUGCUGCUGCUGCUGACUCGGACAGCAGCAGCAGCAGCAGAAGCGUGCGGCUGUCCCCUCGGGUGCAGCUCGCGAAGCGGGCAGCAGCAGCGCAGCAGUUUGCCAAUUCCGUUGCUGCUGCUGCUGCUGCUGCUGCUGCUGCCUCUCCCUCGCAGCAGGUAAAUGUCGUCUUCAGCAGCACCCCGCGGCCGUGGGCGCAGCAGCAGCAGCAACAGCAGCAGCGGGAUGAACAAGCGCACACAGACAGCAGGAGGAGCAGCAGCAGCAGCUCUUCUGAAGAGUCUUCAGACUCGGAAGCAGCAGAACACUCAGCAGCAGCAGCAGCAGCAGCACCCUAA